CGUCUGUUCUGCGAAACGUCACAAAGCGCGGCAGAAUAGCGUAAACAGAGCGCGAUUUCCUUCGUACGUUUUUCUACCCCUAGUAUGAGCGUUUCAGGAAGAAGAACAAUAAAUUAAACCGUCUCAGCAGUUGUACAUGGAGCAGUUUCCGCCCGCGGUGCAGUGCGUUUGAACCAUUUGUGUGUCGUGCUUGGGCUCGGAUUGUACACCACCGGACACGGCUUUUGGGCCCUGAGCAUCAUGGAUCCACCGUCGAACAAGGGCAGACUGCCGUUAACUAACGUUUCCAACAAUGUUAAUCAGCGACAGUGUAAAAGCAACGUACCACCGCCGCACCACGAUCCACUGUUGGAAGAGCAGCUCAAAUACGCACCUCAUGGCAGCGAGGAGGCAUUCUUCAUGUACCGGAAGAACCAGCGGAAGGCAACGUACGGUGAGGAAGAUUUUUUCAGCUUCCUCUCGGACGAGGUGCUGCUGCACAUCCUGAAAUGGCUGCCCAAAAAGACGCUCCUGAGCUGCGGCCAGGUGAACCGGCGCUUCAACCGGGUGUCGAAGGACGAAACGCUCUGGUACCGGUUGGAUCUCAGCAAUCGAACGCUCCAGUUCGACGGGCUGGUGGAAGUGCUGAGCCGCGGCGUCAUCGUGCUACGGCUGGCCCAAACAUCCAUCGUUAAUCCCACGCCGGACUCGAACUAUCUGGAGUUUCCGGCCUGCAUUAAGGUACAGUAUUUGGAUCUCAGCAUGUGCACCGUCAGCGUGGCCGUGCUGGGCGCUCUGCUCGCGAACUGCCGGGCGCUGGUCAAGCUGAGCCUCGAGAACGUGCCGCUGGAUGGGCGCAUCUGUGCGGAAAUAGCCGAAAACCGAAAGCUAGAGGCACUGAAUCUCACCAUGUGCUCGGGCAUCGAUGCGACGGGGAUGAGACUGAUGGCGAAAGCCUUGACGAGACUGCACAGCUUGAACGUGAGCUGGACUAGCCUAAGUGCCGAAGCCGUCCAGGAGUUGGUGCGGAACCUAACGCCGCAAAUAGUGCACCUGAACUUGUCGGGCUGCCGAUCCACCCUCACCGAUGAGAAAGUGGCUGUCCUGAUCAAACGCUGUACAAAGCUGGUCGCGCUCGAUCUGUCGGACUGUACGCCGUUGACGGAGGUUGUUAUAAAAACACUCUGCAAGGCUCGAAAGAUUGAAUACUUGUCGUUGUCGCGGUGCUACAACAUUCCCGUCACCGCAUACUUGAACUUGACCGAACUAAAAACGCUCCGAUUUUUAGACCUGUUUGGGCUCGUAUCCGACCAAGCGAUUGCUACACUGAAGAACUCGCUGGUCGACAUUGGCAUUAACAAGUACUAUCACAGCUCCGUUGCGCGGCCCACGGUCGGUACGAAACGAACCUCGAUCUGGGGUCUACGGACGCGCGAUUGAACUCUUGGUUAAGGAAGUGUAGUGUGACAAAUAAAAGCGUGCGCCAUGUGUUGAUGAAAUCUACGGAA